UGCAAUCUUCUAUUUGUUCCGAGUUACAUCCAUAUGGUCAUUCAAUGCCUUAAAUAGAGAAUAUAUACAUACAAUUCAUAGCACCGUAAGGCUAGAACAGCACCGCUAGGUAGAUGCUUCCGUCAUUUGGGUUUUCCUCAUUGGUCACGCCCCCACUCUACGCUGAUUGGCUGCCGCACUUUACAUAUGUCAAUAUAACGGAAUGGUCUGAUCUGCCCAAACAAUUAUUUGCUAAAAAGUUAGCCAUUUGUAAUACAAGUAAACAUUGGAAAUUAUGAAUUUAUUUAUGAGGUUAUUUUUGUUAAUCCUAGUGUGGUGGUCUUUACAGCUAUCUAAAGUUUUUAUUUUCAAAAGAAUGAUAGUGAAUGUUUUUAUUAUUGCCAUCCAUUUUUUAUUAUUGUCAUGCAACACUGCAGUGUUGUGUGAUUUCUGCAGUAUUGUAUGACAAUAUAUUGUCAGUUUAUUUUUAGAGAGGUAUCUCAAUAAUAUUAUUAAUACAAACAAGAUCUCAAUCUCAAACGACAUUUUCACGCCACACACGAACCAAUUGCUGCAUUGUUGUCUAGUCCAAUUGCAUUGUAUAAAUUCAAUAAUACAAUCAAUUUCUAAAGACAGACUUAAAAAAGAAGAUCGCUGAUAUGACCGUUGACGUCACUCACAUUCAGUAGUGUUAGUGAAGUUCUCGCGCGCAUGGAGUGAGUACAAUCACGCCGUUAUCGCUUCGUGUUCAAAUUAAGAUUAUAUUUUAUCGGUUAAAUGUUCUUGACAUAUGCCUAAUACCAACAUAAACUGAAAAGUUUACAUUUUACGCUAUCAGUGUUUACUUAUCUGUUGAGAACGAGAGACAGAGGGAUAAUUUAUAACCACCUCAGACUGACAGCAACAUGAACUGGGUCGGAGGAACCCGGAGCAGGUUUAUGAAAAACAAAGAAGACACCAUAAAACAGAGAGCGUUUUUUCAAAGGCAAAGGAUGAAGAUAAAGUCAAAUAUUAUGGACUCAACCAAAGGACAAAACUCUGGCAAUAUGGAUCUGCUGACAUUAUUUAUAGUCAACCAGAUUGCGUCAAAGAAAGAAAAAACUGCCAAACCAAAAACAAACCUGUCGAUUGUUGGAAACAGAACCAAAAAAGCUUUGAACGAACCCUUAGAGUUACCAAUGAGCCCUUGCACUCCUUCAAAAUUGGACCUAGUCACCAGUCAGACACAGCACAGUGUAGACACACCUGUUUUCAAAAUCAGAAAACAUCGCCUUGCUGAAAAAUUCAAGGUCAAUCCGCUGUCUCCUGUGUUUGAAUCUAACCUGUCCGAUGCCAGUGGCUCAGAAAAUCAACCAUCCUCAACUUUAAAUGGCUCCACAGAUCCAUUCCAACCCAAACCCACACCACAUGUACCCUCCUUCCUGCCAUCCAGGGAAAAUCCUGACAAUAAAACUCCUCAGUAUGUGUCAUUCUCUCAACCAACCAAGCUGAAUAAUCCAUGGACCAUUGCAUCCAAUGAAGCUCCUGAGCAAGAUCUGCCUCACAACAGUCCAGUGGUUGGAAUUCAGUUUGAGAGCACAUUACCAAACCCAGAGAUGGACGAGGAUUCAGUGACCUCAGGUUUUUAUCCACUGAGCAGUGACCAACCGGAGGAACCACUGUUCAUUGAUUUCAAGAAUAGAGAUUGUGAAGUGCUUUCCACAAUGAAUUCAAGUGACAGAUCACAAAACAUGUACAAUGAGGAGUUUUCAACACAGAAAUUUGGAUGUACUGACAGCAACACAUCAGGUGCUGAUGGUAGAAAUGUCUUUGUACACGGUUGGGAAUCUCCAAGAGGAGUUUAUCUCGGCCUAGAUGACGAAGAAGAAAUGGACUUGCCUCACGCUGAAGAUUCUCUCAUAGCAAAGCACUGUUGUGAUUGCAAGUUGUCAAAGUGCAAGGAUCCUCCAAUAACCUUGAAUAAGGGGACACAAACAGAAGCUUUAUCUAACUGUGAUGUCUCAGUUCAGUGUUCACCUAUUCAUCCCAGCAAAUCUGUGCCUUUCCCCACCGCUGAUCAGAAAACCAAUGUCCCUAUCACAAGGCAGCAGUCUUUUCAUUUUAAUCAGAUACUCAAUCGAACUACACUUAGUUCUCCGGAAGAUGGCCACAAAAGAACAGGAAAUAGUCCCUCAGAGGCAUCAGCAGCAAACCAGCCGGUACAGAGACAUCCGGAAUCACAAGCAGACUUUCACCUCCGCAAACUUCGUAGUCGGAAGAGCACAGAGAGAGAUGUAACGCCAAAUUUGAAACAACCUCUCCGCAAAGCCUCAGAACAGAAAAUAGAUGAGAUGUGGAGAGCUAAAGUGAAAUUAGCGAGGUGUGACAGCCCUCGUUUGGAAAGUGUGACGCGAAACCCUGUCAAGGACGUCAAGCAUGCAGGAGAACCCGUGAAAAAGAAGAAAAAAUUCACGACAGAGAAAGGUGUCAACUGGGCCUCUGAAGAGACAAAGAAACAAGAAGCUGCUGAGAUUCUGCUGACGUUAAAGGACGAAAAGGAUUAGACAGUAAGCAAAAGUACAUUUUGAAAAAUCGAUUGUUCAAAUUUGAUGCAUGUAGGAUUAAAAAAACCCAAUGUUGUAUGUUAUUGUCUUUAUUACAAUCUCCAAGUACAUAUUCAAGUUUUCAAAGUUCAUAUAUUUAGUUUUAUAUAAUAUAAAUCUAGCAACAGUUUACAGCAACAGUAAUCAAAUACUGUACAACACAACAUUUGUCCUGACUAGUUUCCAUUCAUUUUAGAAACGCUGCAUUUUGUUUUUCACAUACAAAAACAAAAAACAAACAAAAAAUAUACAUCCAUACACUUAAAACAGAUGUGUUCAUUAGUAACACACAGAUAAAGAACCUCCCAAGUACAAUCUAAAAUUCAAAUACAUCUGGUACACAUGAAACUGCUCAAUAAAUCUCUAAAUUACAUCAUACAUAUAGACUAAAACGUUUAUAAUCUCUCUUGGACUCAAAUAGAAGCAAUAUGUUUAAUGUUAGAGUUUUUAUUGGUUUGGAAUA